AUGGCAAUGAAAUUAGCUCUCUUUGUUUCCCUUAUAGUUGCUGCACUAGCAGUUCCAAUAUCUGGAGUCCAACUGGGGCCUGGAGGUGACGCCUUGAGUUAUGAUAUCCGCAUCAACGGGACUGUGUAUUGCCCAGAAAACAACAAUAUAGGUGCCAGUAGUACCAACAACACCGUAAUCCAAGAUGCAGAAAUACAAGUUACGUGUGGAGGUCAAAUGGUUUCAAAUGCCUCUACCAACGACAACGGAGGAUUUGUGUUUUACAUGGAUUCUCAACAUUAUACGGUCCCUAUAAUAUUGAAGAGUUGCAAUUCAUUGGUUUUCUCACCGUACAUCAAGUCCAAGUGCCCCAAUUCUCCUGUGGGCCACCUGGAAUCACCUUUGAAGUACAUAGGGGACACUGUUGUCGGGGAUCUUAAAAUUGCGAACAUUAGUCCAGUGGGAUUUCAUAUCGUUCCCUAA